AUGGAUCCCCGUUCUCAGCACCCGUCGAGACCCCCCUCCACCUCGCUCCCGCAGGGGUCGGCUCCGCUGUCCAGCAUGCCAAUGCCUCAGUAUCAAAUGCAGCCGCAGUACUCCGUGUCGCAACCUCACACAUUGCCGCCGUUGCAGCCUCAUCAUAGCCAGUCGCCCUCUCCGUACAUGGGGCAGCAAUAUCGUCCCGAUAUGUCUCGCUUCCCCGCGACGUCUGCUCACGAUGUCUACGCGACUUCGGCCGGCCCAGUUGGUCCCCAUAACCCGGUGAACAGCCUGCCGCCAACCUCGUUCCUCGCCCAUCCCGGAGGCCAGCAUCCUCCUCCAGGAUUUCAAUCCUCCCAGACACUGUUGCCUCCCACAUCCGCCUCGCAGACGUAUCCGCAGCCCAUUGCUCCCGCUCCUCCGCGGGACCGUCGCUCUGAUUACGCGACCAUGCCCUCCGGCGCGUUCAGCCACCCCGAAGGCAAGGGUCCCAUCUGGGCGAAUGCUGAUGGAAUGGCUGCUGCCAACGGAAUGGCUCCUCUGCCAGGCAAAGAGCCCCCGCGCACUCAGGUUGUUGGCUCUCAGGGCCGUCGCGGCAUCCUGCCCAGCGUCCCCGGCCGUGCCGCCGUCACCAACGGAGUCAAUGGCGCCGCGAAGAGCACGACAAUUCCGGCCAAGGACGCGGACGGCAAGUUCCCUUGCCCGCACUGCAACAAGACGUAUCUACACGCGAAGCAUCUCAAGCGCCAUCUCCUAAGACACACUGGUGAUCGGCCAUACAUGUGUGUUCUCUGCAAAGACACCUUCUCUCGAAGCGAUAUUCUGAAACGCCACUUCCAAAAAUGCUCAUUACGCCGAGGAAACCCCACCGGGGCGAGCCAUCUCUCGCAUCCUCAGGCACACCUGAAGCGGUCUCAGGCGGCCGCCAAUGCCGCCAAGUCCGUACAGGAAGAAGUCAGUAAUCCCAUCCCACCUGCCAACGGCCUUGUGGGUACGACUUUUGGCAAUGCGCCCGUGAACGGCCACGGGCUGGCUUCGGCCAGCCGACCCGCCUCCACGGAGCAGCAGCCUCUGGGAUUUUCCAUGUCCUCUGUCAACGGGUUGAACAAUGGUCACUACAAUGACGCGUUCACCCAUUCGCAGGCUGACCAGAAAGCGUCCUGGAUGGCUGCUCAUAGGCAGAGCCCGUACCUCGUCCACCCCGGUUCUUCUGAUGCUCCCACCGGACAGGGGAAUAAUAUUGACCGUCAUUUGCUUGAACAGGCUAAACCUCCUAUGGUCCAAGACCCGAAACGCCCGCACAUGAUGCCCGGCCAGCAGCCCGGCCAGCCCGGUGAACUCGACUGGGCCACCAUGUUCCAGCCCGCCGCCCCCGAUGGCUACAUGAACCCCGUCUUUCCCCAGUCAAUGGCCCCCGGCCACGAGCCUAUCCACUCGCACGUCGACCCGGACCGCAAGUUCUACCCGACCACCACGGCCGGCCACCAGGACAAUGGAUUGAAUGGGCUCUACUUGGCGUCGACCAGCUUGAGCGGUGAUGGUAUGCGUGAUCCCCGCGAUGUUGCUCCGAAAAGAAAUCCACCGGAGCCUGUGACUACGUGA